CUCAACUUUUCAUUAUUUACCAAAUUGCCUUCCACCAUACCGCGAAGCAAAAUCGCCAUGGCUGCGAAACUUCUUGCUUCCUCUUCCUCCACUCUACGUAAAACCCUCACGGAAAAGCUUAACGCUAAGUACCACUUCCUCCGCUGUCUCUCUUCCUCCUCCUCCGCUGCUGCCGAGGCAGAACUUUCUCCUGCGACUGAUACCUACGAGGACACGAAUGGAAUCACCAUGAAAGGCGUGAGGAUUUCCGGAAGGCCGCUUUACCUGGACAUGCAGGCCACGUCCCCUGUCGACCCGCGAGUCCUUGACGCUAUGCUCCCCUACUACCUCUCCCGCUACGGAAACCCCCACUCUCGGACCCACCUCUACGGCUGGGAGUCCGAGAACGCAGUUGAGACCGCUCGCUCCCAAGUCGCCGCAUUGAUCGGCGCCUCUCCGAAGGAGAUUGUCUUCACCUCCGGCGCUACCGAGUCCAACAACAUCUCCAUCAAGGGCGUCUUGCACUUCUACAAGGACAAGAAGCGACACGUCAUCACCACCCAGACCGAGCACAAGUGCGUCCUCGACUCUUGCCGUCACCUCCAGCAGGAGGGUUUCGACGUCACCUACUUGCCCGUUGGCCCCGACGGGAUUAUCGACCUGGAGAUGCUCCGGUCCGCGAUUCGGCCUGAUACCGGGCUCGUAUCGGUCAUGGCGGUCAACAACGAGAUCGGAGUGAUCCAACCGCUAGAGGAAAUCGGGAAAAUAUGCAAGGAAUUUAACGUUCCGUUCCACACCGAUGCGGCGCAGGCUCUGGGGAAGAUUCCCGUCGACGUGGAUAAGUGGAACGUCAGCUUGAUGUCUCUGAGUGGGCAUAAGAUAUACGGGCCAAAAGGCGUUGGGGCUUUGUACAUGAGAAGAAGACCUAGGAUUCGCGUGGAGCCUCAAAUGAACGGCGGUGGCCAGGAGAGAGGGAUUCGGAGCGGGACCGUGCCGACCCCUUUGGUGGUGGGGAUGGGUGCCGCUUGUGAGCUUGCGAUGAAGGAAAUGGAAUAUGAUGGUAAAAGAAUCAGCGCAUUGCAGGAGCGCUUGCUGAAUGGAAUGAAGGAGAGGCUGGAUGGAGUGGUGGUCAAUGGGAGUGUGGAGAGGAGGUAUGCGGGCAAUCUGAAUCUGUCUUUUGCGUAUGUGGAGGGUGAAAGCCUGUUGAUGGGGCUCAAGGAGGUUGCUGUGUCGAGUGGAAGCGCAUGCACCAGCGCCAGCUUGGAACCGUCGUAUGUGUUGAGGGCGUUGGGAGUGGACGAGGACAUGGCCCACACAUCCAUUAGGUUUGGGAUUGGGAGGUUCAGCACAGAGGCAGAGAUCGAUCGGGCAGUUCAGCUUACGGUGGAGCAGGUGGAGAAGUUGAGGGAAAUGAGCCCGCUUUAUGAGAUGGUGAAGGAGGGGAUUAAUAUCAAGGAUAUUCAGUGGGCACAACACUAAUAUGGGAUUAGACGAGCCAGCCUUUAAGCAAAAUCAGGGCCUGGUUGCUGGGUUUUAUGUCAAAUUCAGAUGGGACAUGCAAGCCAGAGCCGCUCAACUGGCUGGAGAAUUCCCGUGUUUUUGUUUUGUCCAGGUUUUCUUUCUUUUAUAGUUUUAAGUUUGGAAUUACACAUGGCAUCUUCAGCAUUUGGUUUGCUUUUUUACUAAUGUAAACUAUAUGAGAUCUUUCAGUUCCGAAAGGACAAUGAUAAUGGAGUAUUUAUU